AUGCUGCUCGCUCCCAGCCUGCGGCUUUCGCUGCUAUCUAUCACCAACACCCUUCGCACCCCCCUGCAGUUUGACCCGACCUGCUUCUUAUCGCCCCCUCACCACACUCGCUUUGCUCGUGACUCUAUUAUCGGUGCCGACAACCCAAACGACAAUAUCGCCCGAACACCGUCCGAAAAAGUCGUGACCCAGCCAGUUCAUUCACCGACACACUCGUUCACCUUCUUCGCUCGACAACGUCUUCCGUUGCUCAGAACCCGUGGUCGACGCCUUGUCCACCGCGUGUACAGAAAUUCGACUUCCCGUGUCAUCAUCUCGACGACCGACCAACCCGCUCCGCCCCGCCGCCAUAUAUCAGCCGAUCAAGUUACGAUUACGAACGCGCCAGCGAUAAAUCGUGGAGCGUGUAACGUUGACAAGCAAGAAAGCACGGAUCGAUCGCGCUUCGACUCCUUUCAUUUCUCCCUCCUCCCCCAUCGUCUCGACUGGCCUUCCUUUGGCGCUUGGUCGCACACUUUCAACUCGACGCACGGCAUCCCGCACUUUGCCUCGCCUCGCCUCGCCUCCCUCGACUCUGUGAUAGCCAAUAUUACGUCCACUCCGCCAAACCCGGCAUAUUCCUUUUCGGCAGGCUACACGUCGCCGUUGAGUUAUCAGCAGCAACAAGAAACCUUUUUUCAAGACCCCCUCUUCGCAGAUAGCAGGGGAUCCUGCGGCGUCAAGGCCGACGUGUGGAUCGGAGCUCAGCAGAGUUCACCCCCAUCCCCCGCCACAAUAGAUUCUCUUACCGAUUCCCAAGCAGGGGGGGAGUACUUUCCCCCCUCGUCCGAGAGCGCGGGUGGUGAUUCCCCCUCUGCGACGCAGGUUCGCCGGGCAAACCUGAGCCUGAACAUUGCCUCAACAGCAGCGGCGCUUGCGCCAGGCCUGUCGCCAGCUUCUUUGGUUCCUUCUGGCGACCCAUUUUCCGGCGACUUGUCGUCUUUUACCGCAGAUCCAGCCGAGGACUACUUCCAGUUCCCCGACGCUGCUCUCUCGGCCCCUCCCGACGCCCUUACGGACCCCAAUGCCCAGGCAGCCCAGGCCGCAGCUCUCCAUGCUGCCGCUGUCGCCCAGGGAGCGGCUCCUUUGACUGCGCCCUCCACCUCGGCCACCUUUGGAUACCGCCUUCCAGCGUCUCAGCCGUCCAGUCCAGUCCGUGGCGUCUUCUACAAUGGACAACAGCAGCAGUUUGCACUCGGUGCCGCUCCCGGUAGACAACGUGGAGCCACCGUGAGCGGCAUUUCGUCCAUGCCCGAAGGCGCCGCACCAUUCCCUCCCCAGGCUUUCACGCAAUCGCAUCAGGUCAAUGGCCUUACCCUCGCCUCGGCCCCCGUCUCGGCGGUACCGUCGCACUUGUCAUUCAGCGCCAUCCACAACGGCUCACCAUCGUCGUCACCGCUGGCCGGCUCGCCCGUGGUCGCCGCAACAAAAUCCGAACGUCUUAUCCCCAGUGCGCAGUCGUCAUUAGACGUCACCAUGGAGGACAUUUCGGCCCAAAAUUCUCAGCUUGGCUCGAGCAGGCGGUCAUCUGAGAGCGCAGCUGCAGCUGCUGCAGCUGUCGCCGCUGCUGGCGGCGUUUCAGAUGUCGACAAGCUCACCUUGGAACGUUUGACAAUGCUCGACACCAUUGUGAGCCAGGCACAAAGCGCCAAGGAGGCCCUGCUCCGUGGACAAGAAGACCGCCUCCCAGAAGCUCUUGGCCAGAUCAGCAACCAGCUCGAGAAGGCCAGCGAUCUCGGUGUGGGGCCGAGUCAAACGCCGCGCGAAUCAACACCGGCGUCUGGCUCAAACCAGGCUCUGUCGCCACAUAGCUACUCGCCUCAGGCGACCACGGGCAUUCCUUCGGGCGUAGUGACUCCUGCUAUUCCCGUCAACCCAGUUGCGCCUCAGCCCAUUCCACAACUCCUGCCUUCGCUGCCUGUUGGUCAGACUCCGGUGACCCUCGUCCCAUCCGCAGUCAGCUCGCCAGUCACUAUGGCUGCGCCUGGCAGCAUCAUGGGUCGCAACGAGUACCUGCCUGCUGUUCCUGGCGCCCAGUUGGUCCACCAGCACUACCCGAUCCCGGGACAGAUGCAGCAGCCGACCCCACAAGCCGCUUUGCCGACCACGCCUGUUACCGCCAAUUUCCAGACUGCUAUUGCCGGUCACGCCCCAGUGGUAUCAUCGCCUCUGGCGUUAUUGCCUCCAUCGCGGGCCGCCAGCCCGAAGCAGUAUGCUCAGUGGCUGCCUGAUGGUGUUUCGGCUGCUUCUGCCGCCAUUGCCGCUGCCACCGGCGCCCCCGUCACCCCCAUGACAGCCGAUGGGCUCACGCAGGCUCAAGCACAGGAAUUUGUGGUUGCUGCUCAAGUCGCCCAGGGGCAGGCUCAAGCCCAAGCCCAAGCUCAGGCCUAUGCUCAAGCUCAUGCCCAAGCCCAAGCUCAGGCUCAGGCGCAAGCCCAAGCACAAGCACAAGCCCAAGCGUAUGGCCAGGCUGUCCAUGCCCACCAAGUGCAGCAGCAAGCCCAAGCCCAAGCCCAAGUGCAAGCGCAGGCACAAGCACAGGCUCAGGCGCAGGCGCAAGCUGUCGCUCAGGCUCAUGCUCACGCCGUCCAUUCUCAGCAGGUGGCUGAGGCUCAGGCAGCGGCUGCGCAUGCCGCAUCUGUUGCUCAGCAGCAGGCCGGCAACGAGAAGCGCGCCGAUGGCCGCCCCAUUGCGCGUGCGCGAAGCUCGUCCGUCAACAACAAGCAGCCGGCGUUCGGCAUGACGUCUAGCGUCAGCCUGCCCCCUUCCGCCUGGCAGUCCCGCCAGGGCUCGCCUGCCGAUGACGAUGACGAUGAUGACAACGGCGCCGAUACUGACGACGAGACUGCCCCUCGUCGACCCAAGAGGAGGCGUAGCUCUGCGGGUCCCGACAUGGUUGAGGUCGGCCCAUCCUCCGGUGUGAUCAUCCCCGACGAUGUCAAGAAGCAGCUCGAUGUCAUCUUCAACGAGUUCCUCAACAAGGUCUGCUCGGAUCUCGACAUCUGCGACUCCAAGGGCGAGAAGCUCCACCAGGUGCUCAUGCCCAAGAAGAUGCAGCGUCUCGACGAGUCGCCCGACUACCGCCCCUUCAAAUUCCGUAUCCAGGCGUUUACCAAUGCUUUCCACGAGGAGCUCCAGGCGCGCGGUAUCAGCGAGGAGACCAUGUCUGUCAAGAAGGUCAAGGUCUACCUCUGGCACCAGGAACUCAUCUCGAGAUUCAAUGCCGACGGCAAGAAGGCCAAGUCGAAGGGCAACCACAUUUGGCACGUUGAUGCCAAGAAGCUCCCUGGUGGCGGUUGGGUGUUCCGCCCAUUCAAGCGCCGCAUCAUUGGCAGCCCGGCGACGUUUGCUGUUGUCAACAUGCGCUUCGAGUGGGAGCCCAAGAUCUGGGACCCCAUGGCGCCGUCCGCCAACAUCAAGCCCGCGUUCUCCUCCCCGCCUGGCUCGCUCCCCCCUUGGCUCAACUGGGAAGACGGUGUCCGCCUGACCGGCGUCCCGGACAAGCCAUCCCCUCCUAUCCACGUUCAAGCUACUGCCGAGUUCAUCGACGGCGCCGGCAACUCGGCGUCGCUCAGCACUGGCUUUGUGAUUCAGGUCGUCAACCUGCCCCAGCCCAUCUCGAAUGCUGAGGCAGCUGCGGCGGCCGCUUACCCGCCACCCCCCAUGGGCCAGUGGCUCCCCGCCGACUUUGGCCAAGAUGUUUCAAUUGAUAUGACUGCUGUGCAGCCUCAAAUGGCGUUCCCUGGUGGCAUGCCCUUAUACCCGCAGCCGGGUUACGGCGCGUAGAGUGUACCACAAGAGGACCGUUUGGUCCUCAUUUUUCUUACAUCAGGGUGUACUAUGAGUAUCAGAAGAUUGUCGGUGGCCGUUUGUUUGCGGGGUAUACAGGUCAAGAUUAUACAGAGGAUUACUACGUUCUCAACUUUACAAAAAAAAGACUGCCUCGCGUGGGCCUACGCGUUGUCAUCAGGUGCUAGCCGGAGAAUGCAGCAUCCUACCUGUGUACAUAGAUUAGAGGCACGGUGUGCGUGCGGGAGAGCAU